CUCUCUUGCUGCAUCCCACCAGUCCAUCACCAGAUUCAGCUCCUCACCGCGCUAACUGUACGAUUCAAGCAAUGGCUGCCCCGGACAAGGUUUUCAUCGCUGCCCUUCUUCUUAUGGCCAUGCUAUCUAUCAGCCACAGAGGUGUUUCAGCUCAACCUGGCUGUAGUACAUCCUUGGGCGUUUGUGGUACCGGUGUGACCGGUGAUAUCGCAAUACUCUGCAGGAACGCAUUAAGUUGCAUUGAUGCAGUAUCAGCAUGCGGAAAGGAAGAGAAGGACGAAGCAAAAAAGAAGUUAAUUGAAAAAGGAUGUUCCGGUUCCGGAAUACCAAUAAUCAGCGCCAUGAGUCUCUUCGUCGCAGCUCUUUUCCAUAUGCUGUAGUCUUAACGUUAAUGAUAUACAGUUUCUCAAAAAUUAAUUUUAGCAAAUUUUGGUAUUGCUGAAUUUUGGACAAAAAUAUUGAACUCUUUAAUAAAAGUAUCAAAGAACUUCG